AUGAACAAGGGCAGAUCUGAUGUGACGAUUAUGCGAAGAUUCGCCAUCGUCUUCCACAGCAUAGAGAUGAUGGUAGCGGUGUUGGGUGUCUUGAGCGGAUACGCGGGGAGCCGCGCCAUGGAGCCGCACAAGGAGGCGGCGGAGGACAAGGCGCCCGAGGCGAGGGAGGCGCUGAUGGACGCCGGCGCCACCAGGAGGGCGGCGCUGGCCGAGUGGACCCGGCUGGGCAGGGGCGGGCAGCUGGCGGUGCUGGGGCUGCUGCUGGCCUCGGUGGUGCUGGUGGUGCUGCUGUGCUGCUGGCCCGCCAGGUCGCACCAGGAGGACACCCCAGUGUGCCGCACCCCCGCCUGCCUGCUGGCCUCCGCGCAGGUGGUGCGGGCGAUGGACCGGACAUCAGCCGAGCCGUGCCUGGAGUUCCGCGACUUCGCGUGCGGCGGGAGUCCGCCCUCGGCUCCUGAGCUGCUCGUCGACUCGUACGAGGCCCGCUUGCAGAGGCUGCUGAGCAGGGCGGUCCCUCCCGGCCGCACGCGCGCCGUCGCCUGGAAGACCAGGCGCUUCUACGAGUCGUGCGUGGCGCUGGACGCAGUCGAGGCGGACGGCGACCGCCCGCUACGAGCCCUCGUCCGGCAGCUGGGAGGCUGGGGCGUGCUGCGCGACUUCUCCGUGCUGUCGUGGAGCUACAGGGAGCAGUUGGUCAGCCUGCACGCGCGGCACGGCGCGAGCCCCUUCUUCCAGGUCGCGGUCGUGCCGGACCCGGAGCAACCCUCCCGGGCCAUCGUGCAGAUAUCGCCAGCAGGCCUUGGGUUGCCAGACAGGAGCUACUACUACAGUCAACAUGACAACCGGACGGAGGCCGUGUACCGCCGCUUCCUGCAGAACGCCGUGCAGGAGCUGGGCGCCACCUCGGCGGACGCGAGCUCCUUCGGCGAGGAGGUGUUCCACUUCGAGAAGCGCCUGGCCGAGGCCACGCCCCGCGCCGACCGCCCCGUGCUGCACCGGCUCAGCCUGGCAGAGUUGGCCGAGAAGGCCCCUUCCAUUCCACUUCACGACAUUAUUUCAGCGAAAUACCCAAAUGCCCGAAUUGAAGAUUCCACCGUGGUUUUAGCUACAUCUGUUUCAUAUCUAACUCAGAUAUCAAAUAUACUAACUUCAUCUGACAGAGAGGUCCUGAACAACUACAUGAUGUGGAACUACGCGUCGCAGAUGCUGCCCCACCUCUCCGCCGCCUACCGCACCGUCGUCCAGCUGUUCCAGGAGGAACUGACAGGCAGGAAGCAGGCGCCGCCGCGCUGGCUGACCUGCGUGCGCGUGCUGCGCCGCUACAUGGGGCUGGCCCUCGCCGCGCUGCACGACGGGAGCGUCCCGGCGGAGACCAGGAGCGCGGGUGGGCGGGCGGUGAACGCGAUGUUCGAGAACGUCCACGCCGUCCUGAAGGAGGCCAUCCGGGACAGCAGCUUCUACGCCGAGAUGUGGCGGUACGCACUCGACAAGGUGGACGCCAUGUCGCUGCAGGUGGGCCUCCCGGCACGCCUGCAGUCGGACGCCUUCCUGGAGCAGCACUACGCGGACCUGUCCGUGCAGAGGAACAACUUCUUCCAGAACGUGCGGUACGGCGCGGCGUUCCUGCGGGCCGCGGAGGAGGCGCAGCUGCUGACGCCGGCCGAGGAGGACACGUGGAUGUCUGCAAUGACCGACGUGGACGCGGUGUCCUACGUGCCAGCGUCCAACAAGGUGGUGGUUCCGCAGAGGCUGCUGGUGGCGCCGGACUUCCAUCCUGGCUACCCCCCGGCGGUGCUGUACGGGCGGGCGGGCGCGCAGCUGGCGGCCGCGGCAGUGACCGCCGUGUUGCCGUGGGACGCGCUGCACGCCAGCGACGGCACGCUGGUGGGGGCGCACGGCGCCGUGGGCAACGCGACGGCGCGGCUGGCGAGGGCCGCGCAGGAGUGCCUGGACGCCGCGCCCCGGGCCGCCCUGCGUCUGCUGGUGGAGACGGCUGCCCUCCGCCUGGCCUUUCGCGCCUGCACUAAGGCGGUUCAACAGCUAGAUCACAUUCAUCAGCCAGCACUGGAAAAUCUUGAAGACGAUGCUCUUUUCUUCGUAGCCUAUGCGCAGAGUUUAUGCUCCAGGCCAGAGUCCGGGCAAGAAUAUUCUGGAAAUACAGGAACUUUCCAGUUUACAGAGAAGAACAUGUUGGAGUUAUUGCUUAAAAAUAGAGAGUUUACAGAAACUUUCAAAUGCAAGAAUGAAGAAUAUUCUACCUCCCAGAAGUGCAAAAGAAUUUUGUAGGAAUUCUGGCCAUGUUCAUCAGCUAAAUAUGUAAAGAUAUAUAUUUUUUUUUAUUCCCACAUGAUUUAUGUGGUUGCCAGUUACUUACUCCAGUGUCGAAAAGGUGUGUUUUGGUACAUCAUUCAGGUGAUCAUUGCUUAGUUGAAAGUUAAAAGUACAUACUUACAGUCUGCGUUCUUUAUUCCGGACUAUCCUUAAUCCAGCUUAGAUCUAGGUACUCUCAUCUGUAAUUUUUUUUUUUGGUGGAUUUGAGUGUUUUUUGACCUAAACUAACAGGCUGCACCACUGCGCAGGCCUGCUUUUACGUUUCACUAGGUAUUUAUUUAGACUGUCAGUUUUCGUUUGAGUACAAUAUACAUAAAUUUCCUUUGGUAUUCCUGUUAGAACUAAAUUGACAUUCGAUAAUCCAGCAAAACUGCUAAUCUGGCAGCUAUGGUCUCAAAUGUGCCAGAUUUAAGAGCCUAAUUACUAAAAGCAAUAAUGUAGUCUCAAAUAUUACAAGUCCACAAGCCUAAUCCAUGUCUGGAUUGAAUUACGAUAAUACUUUUACUUAUUGGUUGUACUUUUGGCUAUAAAAGUUUGUUUUCAUUGGGCUGAAACAGACUCAAAAUCUAUGGAAGAGGCACCAUCUGUACGCACAAAAGCAAUGCAGUCACAGAACUUAGUUUUGUACAACAAGGUAUUUCUGGUCUAAAAAGAAAACAUUCUGGAAUAUUCUGCAUUUUUUAUUAACAUCGUAGGAAAUUGGUUCAAUGUCAUUUCUCAUCAACUCAAGGAAUGUAAAAGUUUGAAAUAAACAAUUUUUUAAGUUAAAAUCCACUUAAUUUUUAGUGUACCCACUAAUAAUUUUGAACUCAUUUAUUUAGAACUACGAAGGUAGCCAAACUAAAAUAUGAAAUCAUAGUUUUUAAUUAUUGUGUAAGUAAAUGCACAAUAUAAAAAUCACUCAUUAAAUUUUCUAACAGCAUAAAAAUAUUGAUUGAUUUAAUGAGUAAAUGUACUAUCCCAAUACUUAAGUCCUGCUAAUAAGAUUUUUUAUGUAUUUAUUUUUCUUAUCUGUGGCUUUAAUUAAAAAAAAUUUCUGAAACCCAUUCUGGUAAAAAAUAUUAAUAAUCUUUAUUAUGUGAUGAGAUACAGAAAGAAAAAAUUUAAAACCAAAUUUUGGAAAAGAAAAAAAAAGAAAUUUCUUGACGAGCUGGUUGAGAGCGACGAGCGACGGGUCACUUGAGGCUGAUGCUGACUAUCUGGAUGUCGUUGUACGGCUUGUCCGUCUUGGGGUUGGUCUUGGCUGUGCUGAUGUUCUGCACCACCUCCAUGCCCUUCACCACGCGCCCGAACACCGUGUGCUUGUUGUCCAGCCACGGCUGCGCGCAACACACGCACGAGACAAUAUAUUCCAGCGCCGAGCGCGCCCUGCCUUAUCUGCAGCUUAUCAAUUAAUCUAAGUGUCAUCGUAACAUUUUGAUUUUAAAAAUGAUCUGAACAUAACUAAUCCUCAGCAAGCAGAGAUGCAAGCCCACGUGUGAAAAUAAAUCGUGGGCGUACAAGGGAAACCCUUUAUGUCCAUAUAAUGAAAUUGAGAUUUUUAUAUUCAUAUGGGUUUUUUAAAAUAUUGUAAAAUAUAUACAGUACUGAAACAUGUUUAAUCUAACACAAUAUGUAAUAUACUUGUCAUAUAAUAAACUUGUCAUGAUACACAUUAAACUGGACUUUGUCAUAUGAAUAUCUUAUGGACUUAGUGGGUUUUCCUUGUACGCCCACGAAAUAUAGUUACACAUAUUUUUUUUUUUUUUUAAACACAGCAUUAUAGGUUUUGCUGGAACAGUGAUUUAGUUCAGUACAGUGCUAUAGUCAUUCUUUACUCUAAACAAGCCUAAAUAAAACUUAAGUUAUCGCCACUGUAUACCGCAUAAAAUGCAGCCAGCGCUAAGUUGGCAACAUUCAUGUUUGGGUAUGUUGAUGCCCGUAUAUAGAGAGCAUGCAAGUAAUUGAGUACUGAUAUUGAUAGCUUACUGAUAGCACGCAAUGCGCAUGUUUCGUCUCGUGCCAAGUAAACUACAUCUGAAUAUAACCCACUCUCUUAUGUGGUAAGUGUGUAUUAUGACGAUAGUUAUGCAUUAGUUCUGGGUCACUGUUUUCUUUCUUUCUUUUUGAAGUUGAACGAAAUAUGUUGUUGUUUCAAAACUGUUUAAUUUAAACUGUUUGGCAUGCUUUU